AUGCGCUUCUCCCUCGUGACCAUUCUUGCCCUCCCGGCUCUCGCCUAUGCCCAGGACACUUCGCCCAACGCCGGAGGCGCGACCGACGCAUCGAACGACACCCCUACCGAGGGAAUCAACACCGCCUCGACGCCGUCGGGCCAGGAGCGGUCCACUGAAAUCAUUACGACCUUCGUCUCGCACAGCGUGCCAACCACCGGCAAGCCUACUGCCACUCCUACGGUCACUCCUACGGUCGACACUGCCGUCACGGUGGCCACUAGCCUUACAACUGAUCCCACGGGAGCCAUGGGGCAGACAGCGGUCUCACCUUCUCCUUCUGUUGGAGGAAGCUCUUCGGGCGGAGCAGUCGGCGGAUCGUCCAUCGAAAACAAGGCUACGGGCGACACGAAUGCGACUGGAGCCGCAACCUCACCUGCCACGUCGCCGACCUCCACCAAUGGCGCUCAGCAGAAGGGUAUCGCCGGGGUUGUCAUUGCCGCUGCGGUGUUCGCGGCUGUCAUCUAA